AUGAAGUUCUCCCUCUUCCUCGCUGCCGCCGCCGCCGGCCUCGCCUCCGCCGCCCCGGGCACUCCCCUCAAGCAGCGCGACUACUCCCCGGUCACCCCCCGCUCCGACCGCCGCGCCCGCUUCAGCUCCAAGCCCAUCAACCGCACCUCCACCGCCCCCGCCGACGUCGUCUCCCUCGACGCCGUCACCGGCGACAAGAACGUCGAGUACUCCUCCAACUGGGGCGGCGCCGUCAAGAUUGGCACCGGCUACAACCACGUCACCGGCACCAUUGUCGUCCCCGAGGUCAGCGGCUCCUCCGGCGCCGCCGCCUCCGCCUGGGUCGGCAUCGACGGCGACACCUGCCAGACCGCCAUCCUCCAGACCGGCGUCUCCUUCUACGCCGACGGCACCUUCGACGCCUGGUACGAGUGGAUCCCCGACUACGCCUACAGCUUCAGCGGCUUCAGCGUCAGCGUCGGCGACUCCAUCCGCAUGACCGUCGACGCCACCUCCAAGACCAAGGGCACCGCCAAGCUCGAGAACCUGACCACCGGCAAGACCGUCACCCACACCUUCUCCAGCACCCCCUCCACCCUCUGCGAGACCAACGCCGAGUGGAUCGUCGAGGCCUUCCAGGAGAACGGCAGCCAGGUCACCCUCGCCGACUUUGGCACCGUCAAGUUCACCGCCGCCGCUGCCUCCGGCACCUCCGGCUCCACCACCCCCGCCGGCGCCACCAUCAUCGACAUCUCCGAGGAUGGCGGCAACACCGUCCUUGCCAAGGCCUCCGUCAGCGGCAGCACCGUCACUGUCUCCUACUCCGGUUAA